UGUACUAAUAGACUUUACAGAAUGUUUACACUUUACAUUGAGAUAUUGCCUUGAGAUGUCGUGUUUACAAACAUUUAUUAUUUAUUCAGUGAUCCUUGGCUUGACUCUAGCUGUCCCAAAAUGCGGUAUCAACGAGGUACAAGACGACUGCCCAGCCAACUGUUCCUACGAGAAUUGUCCCACAAAAAACCUCCAGGAUAGCGUCCCAUGCCCCAAGCCCCAGCAAUGUCCCCCCGCGGGGUGCAAGUGUGGCUUCAACUAUCGACGUGCAGAGAAUGGGACAUGCAUACAGACUAGAGCGUGCCCACCAUUUCCCUGCACGGGCCCCAACGAAAUAUACGACCCUUGUCCAUCAUACUGCCCGGGACAGGGCUGCGACUCCGCGACCCCACACGGGGAGUGUCCCUACUUCAUGCUCAUAGUAGUGGAGUGUACUCCGAGCUGUCGAUGUGUGAAGAAUUACUGGAGGAAGAACGGUGUGUGCGUGCCGUAUGAGGAAUGUCUCAAGUAAAAUUCUUGGAGAUUACCUACAUCUAUGAGGAGAUUAAACAAUAGCAAAGCAUCAUCCGCACAAAUCAUUACAUUUAAUUUUCGCAGUAUUAUGUAGUUAGCUAAUAAAU